ACUUAUUAAAAUAAUAAACACCAAAGUAUAUAAGAGGAGAGAAUAACAUACACACUUUUCACCAACAACAAAAAACAGUGCAUCAAAAAUUCAUAACAUACCCUUGAUUGCUUUUAUUAAUUAUUACAUGUUGUUUAUGAAUAUGUCUAUUCUAUCUAGCACUGAUUUGCAUCGUAUUUUUGAGAAGCUAGAUACAAAUUGUGAUGGUUUUGUGAGCCUUGAGGAGCUAAACUCUGUGCUCCAAAGAAUAUGCAAUACUAGUUCACAAUUUAGCUUAGAAGAACUUGAAUCUCUUGUAGAAAAGAAGAGCCUAGACUUCAAUGAAUUCUUGUUCUUUUACAACUCUAUAUCAAAGGAGAAGAAUGAAGAGAAUAGAGGAGGUGAUGAAGAUGAGAAUGAUGAGUUGGAGAGGGAUCUUGUGAAGACUUUCAAAGUGUUUGAUUUGGAUGGAGAUGGAUUCAUUACAAGCCAAGAGCUUGAGUGUGUGUUGAAGAGACUUGGAUUCUUGGAUGAAAGUAGUGGGAAGGAUUGUAGAAGUAUGAUUCGGUUUUAUGAUACUAAUUUGGAUGGUAGGCUUGAUUUUCAGGAAUUCAAGAACAUGAUGUUGAUUACAAGUGUAUGAUUAAAGGUAUAUUAUUUUUGUGUAUGUAAAUUAUAACUGGUCAUUAAUUUUUCGAUUAUAUGUCAUCAUUAUGUCAAGUGUACGUAUAAAUGUUGUAUGUUAUUGAAAAUCAAUAUUCAGUGCAUAUGAAAGUCUAAGAUUGUUCAUCCAAGAAAGAAAAAAAAAAGUCUAAGACUGCUAAUGGAGAAUGCUGCUAAAAGUUGUGUAAUUAUUACUAAAAUAAAAAUAAAAACUUACAUUUUUAAGAUAAAA